AUGGUUCACGCUCCCGAGAUCACCGACUACGUCAAGACCGCCGCUACCAAGCUGGACGUUGUUUCUGACGAGGUUGACGCUGUCAACAUCCUCAAGGGCAACAAGGAGGUCGACUUUGCCGCCGAGUCCCAGUUUGACGCCGAGAAGGACAAGACCGGCUUCCGCCAGUACGAGGAGGCAUGCGACCGCGUCAAGAACUUCUACGCUGAGCAGCACAAGAAGCAGACCCUCGAGUACAACAUUCGCAUCCGUGAGGAGCUCCAGGCCAAGGUUCGCGCCAGCAUGACCGUUUGGGAGGCCAUGGAGCUCCUGAACGAGCUUGUCGACGAGUCGGACCCCGACACCUCGGUCGGCCAGAUUGAGCACCUUCUCCAGACCGCCGAGGCUAUCCGUCGCGAUGGCAAGCCCGACUGGAUGCAGCUGGUUGGCCUCAUCCACGACCUUGGCAAGCUCCUCUGCUUCUUCGGCGCCGAGGGCCAGUGGGACGUUGUCGGCGACACCUUUGUUGUCGGCUGCAAGUUCUCGGACAAGAUCAUCUACCCCGACACCUUCAAGGCCAACCCGGACUACUACGACGAGAAGAUCAACACCGAGUGUGGCAUCUACUCGCCUGGCUGCGGUCUUGACAACGUCCUCCUCUCGUGGGGCCACGACGAGUACAUCUUCAACAUUAUGAAGAAGCAGUCGACCAUCCCCAAGGAGGGCCUUUCCAUGCUCCGCUACCACUCCUUCUACCCCUGGCACCGCGAGGGCGCCUACACCCACCUCAUGAACGAGGACGACAAGGUCCAGCUCCGCGCUGUCCAGGCAUUCAACGCCUACGACCUUUACUCCAAGUCCGACGACCUCGCCGACGCCGCUACCCUCAAGCCCUACUACAUGGGUCUCAUUGAGAAGUACAUCGGCCUCAACGAGCUCGAGUGGUAA